GGCACGUGAGCGAUGGAGACCAUCUGGAUCUACCAGUUCCGCCUCAUCGUGAUCGGGGACUCCACGGUGGGCAAGUCGUGCCUCCUGCACCGCUUCACGCAGGGCCGCUUCCCCGGGCUGCGCUCCCCCGCCUGCGACCCCACGGUCGGCGUGGACUUCUUCUCCCGCCUGCUGGAGAUCGAGCCGGGCAAGCGGAUCAAGCUGCAGCUGUGGGACACGGCGGGGCAGGAGCGCUUCAGAUCGAUAACACGAUCUUACUACCGCAACUCAGUUGGUGGGUUUUUGGUGUUUGACAUCACCAACAGACGAUCUUUCGAACACGUGAAAGAUUGGCUGGAGGAGGCAAAAAUGCACGUGCAGCCAUUUCGGAUUGUGUUUCUGCUGGUGGGGCACAAGUGUGACUUGGCUUCGCGACGUCAGGUGACGAGGGAAGAAGCCGAAAACCUGUCCGCAGACUGUGGCAGUGAAGCCCAGAAAAGAGUGCUUCUGCUGACUUCAGACGGGCCAAAGAACGGCGGUGGAGAGACGGGGUCAUCUCGGGAUAAGCACCAACAUCACGGUCACGAGAAAGAUUCCCGCCCGCCUCCACCCUCCUUUGGAAGGUAUUUAAUUCAGAUUGCUAUGCUUCCCUGCUACACUACCACACUGGGUAUUUUGCUCAGUUAUCAGGCAAAGCAGACAACUUUUUCUUGAAACUUGAGCAUCUACAGAAUUACUCCCAUUCCCACAUCGUUAGCGUAUUAGCUCACUUUAAUGUCCACGUAUAUCCAUAUUACUCAUUUUUCUUGACAAUUAGAAAUGAGUGUUUUGGGGGUAUACAGUCCGACCGGGAAGAUUGUAUCAGGCCUUGCAUUCUCAUGAGUUAAUUUGUUGAUAUGGAAUAGUAAAGUGGAUUUCAGCGUGCACUGUUGGCUUACGAAGUAAACGAUCUCAGAUGUGUCAUCAGCUGGGACUAAAAUAACACUUCCUUGUAUAAGGUGCCGCGUUUUUAACCAUUCUGUGAAAUGUUUAUCCUCCCUUAAUUUGCCUGAACAUAACAAAAUAAGUUUUAUACUCUUUUUUGUUCUCUUAUUUACUGCUCCUCAUAAUCUUAUGUUUUAUAAAGAUAUCUAAGGAUCCAAGCAGAAUAUUUUAUUGCAAAUAUUCAUAAAAAUAAAACGAAGGACUGUUCAUCAGCUUAUGUUUUAAUGUUAUAGUAUAUUGUCCUUGUUUAGAUAAGAAAAACAAAUUUAUUUAUGUACAGGCAUUUUCAAAGAAAGUAAAUGCAGCUUGCCAUGAACUAUUGUUAAAACUAUUGAUAUAAGUAAAUAUGGAAGGUUUUUAGAGAUCGCUUUGCUGUCCACAUAAGUUUCUGAAUUUCCCUAUUUCUGGUACAAGAUAAUUAUACGAAAUAUUUCUGGACAAAGAAGAUUGGUUAGAUGUUUGAAUUUAGCAUUCAAAUUGCAUUUCAGUAAAAUUAAAGAUAAAAUAAUGAGUUAGGGCUGCAAAAUGACUUCAGAGUUUUCUAAUUUUUAAUUUAUUGAUUAAAUUCUCCUCCUGAAGGGACAUUGUGAUCACAAACUCAUAUUUUAUAACCUACAUUUCCAUUCUCUUAACCAUCCCUCAUCACAGAGGGGCAUCAAAAGCAGCCCCCUUCCUGAAAUCAUGGUUUUACUGUUAAAAUAGUAUCUCCAUUUGUUUGAAAACCAAAGUGAUAUGAUGGAAAGAAUAUUUAACGAAAAACCAGAAAACCUGGGUCCUAAGCUUGCCGUUUCUGUACCAGUACUUGGGCAUGAGUGAGUCGCUUAACCUCACUGCAUGUCAGUGCUCUCCACUGUAAAAUGAGGCUAAUAAGCCCAUUUGUUUUGCUUCAUGGGAUUAUUUUGAGAAUCAAGUGCAUCGUGUGAAUAGCUCCAUAAAGAAAAAGCAUUUUGCAAAGAUGAGCCUGGUAUCAGCUCCUCCUGGGCAUACUAUUAUUAUAUGUACAAUGGUUGAGAAUUUUGUUUUCUCAUGUUCUUUCCUUUCGUCCCCACAUUCUGCAGAGGGAGCAGAAGAAGGUGCAUAAUUUUGUGGACCUGGGGGACCUCUCUUGGUUUCGUGUAUGCCCUCCGCCCUCUUGCUCUGAAACACCGCUCCUCCACUGUGGAAAUAAUAGGGAGGGAAAUCCCAGGAGACUUAAUUCAAUCAGAAGUCAUGUUUGAAUGUGGGUUUUGUGCAUCUUUGAAGUAGGUAUUUAAUUAUAUUUUAAAUACUUGCACAUUUUCUAGGUUUGUGGAAGUAUUUCUAGUAGUGCUUAUGGAAAGAAGAAUAUAAAUUAUAACAUCACUGUAAUAUCGUGAAGAGUUCUAUUGUCAACAUUUUCUUGAUAUCCUUGUAUUAAUUUCACUCGAGGGAGUUCAAACUGUAAUUGAUCAGAUGAGAAGAGCUGUCCCCCAAACCUGAAGUCAUCUAUUUUCACUGCGGCAGUUGUAAAUCUCGGAAACUGAGUAUCUAGCAACAAUUUAAAGUACAGGGCCCCUGUGCCUACUUGUAAAGCUAAACUAUAAAAUAUGACUUAACUUUCAGUGGAUGCCCUUUAUAAGACUAACAUUAGGGUAAGACUAAUAAUCAGCCUGGAGGGUACGAUGUGUUCCAAGAUUUAGAAUAGAACCACAGAGUCAGAAGAAAGAAAUGGAAGUGCAGGGCCCCCCAAAAUUGAUACUUCACCAAGGUCACACAAAAGCAGAAGCAAGCUAGAACUCUGCCUGGUCGGGGUUCCUUCCGUAUCUCUGCUGUGUCAGGGGUGUGUGCACGUGUGUCCAUGUGUGGCAAAGCAAAGCGAAAAUAUGAUCUAGCUGAAUCUACAAAAUACUAAAACUGGGCCAUAACAAUCUGAACUUAUAGAAGAGUUGUUUGUGGUGUACCAAUACUAAAAUGAACAGUAACUACAAAGA